UGAACAGUUAUCACAUUGAAGAAAUUUGCAAGAAUAGGUGGAAGUACAAUGAUAUUUAGUAUGUGAUUGGGUCCACACGGCUAUAACAAGUGGCCACAAAGUUUCACAGAUCAUUUUUUUCAUAAGUUUUCUCCUUGUUAUAAAGUUACUUACCAAAGACUUUACAUCACAGACCACAAAAACUUACUCAUUCAUAUUCUGCAUUCCCAAACUCUUUUUUCAUCCAUUUUCUCUCAAUUCUCAUGGCUAUACAAUCACCUUCCUCAUCCUCUUCAUUUUCCUAUGGGUUUAAAUACCAAGUGUUCCUCAGUUUUAGGGGCAUUGACACCCGGCACGGUUUUACCGGCAAUCUCUACAAGGCUCUUAUUGAUAAGGGAAUCCAUACUUUCAUUGAUGACAAUGAUCUUCUCAGAGGAGAUGAAAUCACACCAUCACUCGUUAAGGCCAUUGAAGAAUCCAGGAUUUUUAUUCCCAUAUUUUCUGCCAACUAUGCAUCUUCUUCAUUUUGUUUGGACGAACUUGUCCACAUCAUUCAUUGCUAUAAGACAAAGGGUUGUUCGGUUUUGCCUGUUUUCUAUGGUGUGGAUCCUACUCACAUACGACAUCAGACUGGAAGUUACGGUGAGCAUCUUACUAAGCAUGAAAAGAAGUUCCAAAAUAACAAGGAAAACAUGCAGAGGUUGGAGCAAUGGAAGAUGGCUCUGACCAAAGCUGCCAACUUGUCUGGCUACCAUUGUAGUCAAGGAUAUGAAUACAAGUUUAUUGAGAAUAUAGUCAAAGACAUCUCCGACAAGAUCAAUCGUGUUUUUUUACAUGUUGCCAAAUACCCUGUUGGAUUAGAGUCUCGAGUACAACAAGUGAAAUUGCUUCUUGAUAAGGGAUCUAAGGAUGAGGUUCUCAUGGUAGGACUUUAUGGUACUGGAGGCAUGGGUAAAUCAACACUUGCCAAAGCAAUUUAUAAUUUUGUCGCUGAUCAAUUUGAAGGUGUAUGUUUUCUUCACAAUGUCAGAGAGAAUUCAGCUCAUAAUAAUUUGAAACAUCUCCAGGAGGAGCUCCUUUCAAAAACUGUUAGAGUGAAUAUUAAGUUAGGAGAUGUUAGUGAGGGAAUUCCAAUCAUAAAGGAAAGACUAUCUAGAAAGAAGAUUCUUUUGAUUCUCGAUGAUGUUGACAAACUGGAGCAGCUAGAGGCUUUGGCAGGAGGACUUGAUUGGUUCGGUUGUGGAAGCAGAGUCAUCAUUACCACUAGAGAUAAACACUUGCUAAACUGUCACGGGAUAGAAAUAACAUAUGCCGUAAAAGGGCUAUAUGGGACAGAAGCACUUGAAUUGUUGAGAUGGAUGGCUUUUAGAGACAAUGUUCCUUCAGGUUAUGAAGAAAUUUUAAGCCGUGCAGUUUCAUAUGCUUCAGGACUUCCCUUAGUUAUAGAAGUAGUGGCUUCAAACUUGUUUGGAAAGAGCAUCGAAAAAUGGAAGAGUACAUUAGAUGGAUAUGAAAAGAUUCCCAAUAAAAAGAUUCAAGAGAUACUUAAAGUAAGCUAUGAUGAUUUGGAGGAAGAGGAGCAAAGUGUCUUUUUAGAUAUAGCUUGUUUUUUCAAAGGAUGUAGAUUGAGUGAGGUCGAAGAGACACUUCUUGCUCACUAUGGUCAUUGCAUAAAACAUCAUGUUGGAGUGUUGGUUGAAAAAUCUCUCAUAGAGAUUAAUACACAAAGCCAUCGGUCAUAUAAUGAUGAUGUGGCAUUACACGAUUUGAUAGAGGACAUGGGUAAAGAAAUCGUCCGACAAGAAUCAAGUAAAGAGCCCGGAGAACGUAGUAGGUUAUGGUGUCACAAUGACAUAGUUCAUGUUUUACAGAAAGAUACCGGAACCAGUAACAUUGAAAUGAUAUAUCUGAAUUGUCCCUCGAUGGAAACCAUAAUAGACUGGAAUGGAAAGCCCUUCAGGAAGAUGACAAAUCUCAAAACUCUUAUCAUUGAAAAUGGCCGUUUUUCUAAAGGUCCAAAACAUCUUCCAAGUAGUUUGAGAUUUUUGAAAUGGAAAGGAUGUCCUUCGAAGUCUCUAUCAUCUUGUAUUUCAAACAAGGAGUUCAAUAAUAUGAAAUUCAUGACAUUGGACGAUUGUGAAUAUUUAACCCAUAUACCCAAUGUCUCAGGUCUCUCAAAUUUAGAAAAGUUCUCAUUUCGAAAUUGUGCUAAUUUAAUUACAAUUCACAAUUCAGUUGGAUACCUAAAUAAACUUGAAAUCUUAGAUGCAUAUGGUUGCAGAAAGAUCGUAAGUUUUCCACCCUUACGGCUUCCCUCUCUUAAGGAAUUUCAACUCAGUUGGUGUAAGAGUCUCAAGAAAUUUCCAGAAUUACUAUGCAAGAUGUCAAAUAUAAGAGAAAUUCAGUUAAUUGAAUGUCUUGACGUAGAAGAAUUUCCAUUUCCAUUUCAAAAUCUCAGUGAACUUAGUGAUUUAGUGAUAAACAGAUGUGAAAUGCUCAGGUUCCCAAGACACGAUGAUAAAUUGGAUUUCAUAGUGUUUUCAAAUGUGCAAAUGCUCGAUCUCAAUAACAGCAAUCUCUCAGAUGACUGUCUUCCAAUACUUCUCAAGUGGUGUGUUAAUGUGAAAUAUCUAAACUUAUCAAAGAACAAUUUCAAAAUUCUACCCGAGUGCCUUAGUGAAUGUCACCUUCUUAAGCAUCUUUAUUUGGAUAAAUGCCAAUAUCUUGAGGAAAUUAGAGGGAUUCCACAGAAUCUCGAACACUUGGAUGCAGUGAACUGUUAUUCAUUGACAUCCUCAUGUAGAAGAAUGUUAUUGAGCCAGAAACUACAUGAGGCUGGAUGUACUCGUUAUUAUUUUCCAACCGGGGCUGAGAGGAUCCCAGAUUGGUUCGAGCACCAAAUCAGGGGACAAACAGUUUCUUUCUGGUUUCGUAAAAAGAUCCCUUCUAUUAUUUGUAUUCUUCUUCUUCCGGGAUCUAAGCUGAUUCCAAGAUUCAAUUUGUUUAUCAAUGGCCGUAGAGGUGAUUAUUCUACUGAUUAUUUAUCGUCUUGUCCCUCUUACAUGAAUCUGUCAGAACAUACAUUUUUGUUUGAUCUGACUUUGGAAGAAACCAGUGAACAUUUCAGUCCCACGUCUGAAAUGGACAAUGCACUUUUAAAAAAUGAAUGGAUCCAUAUCGAGCUUAAGUUGGAGAAUUUCAAUCUUCCUGAAAUAGAGAUAAAAAAAUUAAGCAGUGCGCAAAUUGGAAUCCAUGUGUUGAAGGAGAAAAGCAACACGGAUGAGGAUAUGAUAUUCAGCAGUCGUAAUAGAAAGCGAAAAUUAGAUGAAGAUGUCAAUGCUUCAUUACCACAAUUUCAUCCUGCGCAGAAAAAGCAUAGAUUUGUGGAAGUGGAACUUACAGAGACAGAAAUUUUGCAGCAACAGUAUCUAGCUUUAGUGUCAGACAUGCAGAACUUGGUGCUUACUGAAACAAAAGAAAAGGAACACCAUCUAGCUUUAGUGUCAGGCAUGCACAACUUGGUGCUUAUUGAAACAAAAGAAAAGGAACACUGUGACUAGGUACAUCAAUAUCGUUAUUAUAAACAAAUUAAUUGUUUCUAGCUGUAAAAGUUUUUUAAACGACAAGACACGAUGUAAUAUUCUGGGGACGAUGCUUUGUAGCACAUAAACUUCUGGUUGAUGGCGUGUCUGACAUGUGUUUGUGUCUAACACCAACCCGACACGGACGCAUAUUAUUACUUUCAAAUAUAUUAUUUUCUCAAAUUUCAAUCACUAUCGA